AUAUAGUUUACCUUUGGUGAGAUACUGUAGCACCAAAACAAAUCGAAGUGCUAUUCAAGCGACGAAGUUGACAGAUGAAGUAGUAAACUAGUUUCUGUGUUUGUUGCUGUGUUUAUAGGCUCGAGUUUUGAUGAUUGGCUGUGAACAUAAAGUCACUAUUUCUAAGAACGUAUUACAGUGAUGCUACAGUCAAUCACAUUCUCGAAUACAGUACUGGAGAGAUAUGAGAGCUAGCGAAAAAUAUUGUGAAAAUCUAAAUACUGAUCGAAAUGGUGCCAAAAAGAGAGAUUUCGAAAUUAGCAAUUUUGCGUGGGAGUAACGUGUUAUGUGUUUUGUGAUAUUUUAACCAUGAUGGAAGAAAGUGAGAAGCCGUUUGCCUGCUCAGCAGAAGGCUGCUUAAUGCGUUUCACUAAUGAAGAUCAUUUGACUGUACAUAAAAAGAAACAUGACAUGGUUCUAAACUUGGGAAGUGCACAAAAAUCAAAUCUUUUCAGUGCUGAUCAGACACCUACUCCGACACGUUUCAUUCGCAAUUGUGAAGAGGUUGGUUUGUUUCAAGAUUUGCAAAAUGUGAACCCAUUUGAAGAAACAUUCAGGAAAGCAUUUGAAGCAUCUAAAGCUGGAAUCACAUUGCCUGAGGUGGACCCCCUUAGUGUGACUGCAGGUGGAGAUGACACUUUGCACACGCCACAUGUGUUCCCUAACAUUAUUGAAGAUUCUGAAUCUAUUCCAUCUCUUUUGUCCACAGAAUCUCUUGCAAGUGAAAGUAGCAAGAGGUCUCCUGUCAGGCAAGAUUUGGUCCAUUUUAUUAAGAAUUCUUCUGUAACAGAGGAAGAAUUCAAAGGAAAGGAUAAUCUACAUAAUUCUGUUGCUUCGGACUGUUUGGGAAAAGAAAACCCUGAACAACUUCAAGGAGAAAAUCUAAUGCAGCUGGAAGAUGACUCACUCAAUCAGCAAAAUGAGACUGGAGGACUACAGGUUCUGCUUAAAACUUCAGAUGACAAGCUGGUCCAUCUUUCACUUGAACAGUUCGCUCAACUGUCUGGAUCACAGCUUAUGAUCCCUAUUGUCACAUCUGUAACUUCGGGUGCUUCUGCAACCAGUAAUGAGGACAACAGUCAAUCAGUCGACAUGUCAACAUGUGUUCCAACAGUGUGCAAACCUGUCGCUCCAACUGAUGGAUCUGCACUAGUUAAAAUGAAAUUAAAGCAGACAUUGACAAAUAAUAAUAAAGUAUCCACUACAAGCACUCCUGGUCAGUCAUCUUCAGAACAGGCUGACCAUACAGCACCUCCAGCAGAAUCCCGUGCACCAUGUUCCACACAUAGCCGGACAAGGAAAAGUUCGUCACAAUGUGAUGAUGAUGAGAAAAGGAAAAAGUUUCUUGAGAGAAAUAGGGCAGCUGCUAUGCGUUGUAGAGAAAAAAGAAAAUCGUGGAUAAAAGACCUGGAGAAAAGGGCAGAUAUUUUGCAAACUUCUAAUGACCAGCUACAAUCAGAGGUCAAAAGUCUUCGAGCAGAAUUGGCUACCCUCAAGGCAUUGCUUUUGCAACAUAAGAACUGUUCUGUUUCAGUUGCCAUGAUGCAGAAUGCCCAUGUAACAGCAGUGGAAGCUGAUUCGACUAAUACCACAACUGUUCAUCAGACAACUGCAGUCUCACGAAUAAGCAUAUCACACCAGCCUGCAACAAAUAAGCCUAUAGUUGCUACAAAAAUUUUGCUUUCACCACCCAGCAAUGAACCCAGGCACAUAAUAUUAUUAAAUAGACCCCCUGUGAAACGAAAUGUGGGCAGUGCUACACCACCUAUCAAGAAAAAGGUAUGUGCAGGAGCUGUUAAACAAAAUGUUAGUGGCACUAAUAAUCAAGUACUACAGCAGGCAUACCUCAUUUCAUCAACAAGUGCAGAUGCAGUACAAGUUGCACAGGGUAACAUAAGCAAUGAGUCUCUUGUACCUGCCAUUUCAGUAGCAAAUGUGCCCACUGUUCCUGAAAUUAUACCUGCAGUGCUGAAAGAUUCAACUGUACCAAGUACAGACUGUAAUUUAGACCUAAGUGAAACAAAUCAACAGCUUGUUUCUCUGUCAUUAAUCAGUCAAUCGGAAGGACAUUUCCCAGCUCUUGUAGUGCCUGGUGUUGCUCUAAAGUCAACAUGUGAUACAGUGUGUGAUACAGGAUUAAACAGCAGUCAAGUAGUAGAACAUAUGAUUGAUAUUGAUCCAAGUAUGGUGAGUGUUGAAACUCAUCAAGAGCCCAACAGUAGUGUUGAAAGAGACCAUUCAGAAGAUAGUGACAUUGAAGUGGUGUAUGACUCCUCAUCAAAGGAUGUAAGCUGAAAUUGUUUUGUUGCUUGUUAAUUGUUUGAUAAGCACAGCACUGAAUUGAAUUCAGGACUGCACUUAACAUUUUGUUAAAAAUGUAUAUAAACACAGGAAAAAUUAUUACUCUCUACACUACCCCAUUCCAGUUUAACUAUGAAAUAUAUUAAACGCAAUGAAGUGCAGAGACAGUUUGGAUUAUGGAUUCAAUUUAUUACAUGUGAGCUUUUUGUUUUUGCUGUCAAGAGCUAAUUAUGAGAAUCAUGUGCACUGAUGAGCCAAAACAUAGUGGCCACCUCCAUAAUAGCUUUUUUGCCCAAAUUUCAAAUGAAAUACAUCACUGAUUCUGCAUAUGAGGGAUCUGACAGUUUGUAUGAAAGUUUUGGGGGGUAUGUGGCAUUAGAUGUCUCCAUACAGGUCAUGUAAUUCGUGUAAAUAAUGGGCCACUGAUUUGCGUACCUGGCGAUGUCACCUGAUAGCAACUCAAAUGGAUUUCGUAGAAUUUACAUCAGGCAAAUUUAGUCACUGAGACAUCCACAUGAGUUCACUAUAAUGCUCCUCAAACCAUUGUAGCACAGUUCUGGCUCCGAGACAUUGACAAUUAUACUGCCGAAAGACGACAUUACUGUUGUGGCAGACAUCAAGCUUGAGGGGAUGCAAGUAGUUCAGAUUACUACCACAGGUCCCAUGCAAGCACAGGAGAAUGUCUCCCAUGCGUAAUACUACUCCCACCAGCCUGUUUCCAUGUGUUGCACCACAUGUUUGAAGCCACCAUUCACCUCACUGAUGGUCUUUGUAGAGGCAACCACCAACCUAAUGUAGCAAAAUUGAAAUUCAUCUAAAGAGCCAACACUUUUACAUUAAUCAACCGUCGAAUAAGAGUGGGCCCAUGCCCACUGCAGUUGUAAUUGACAGUGUUGUUGUAUCAACAUGUGAACACGUAGGGGUUGGCUGCUGCAGAGCUCCAUGUUCAACAAUGUAUGAUGAAUGGCGUGCUUUGAAACAAUUGUGCACGCACCAGCAUUGUUCUCUUUUGGCAGAGAUGUUACAGAUCACCAUCUAUCCUACUUUAUAGAGCAGACAAACCUCCAAACCCAGUGGCCUGAGAAGAGUUGUUUAUGUCAAACCAUUUAGCAACAAGUGGUAGUUUCACAGUCCUCCUAUCUUUCUGUAGAUGCUCAGAACAGUAGCACGUGAAUGUUCGACCAGCUUCACCAUUUUUGAGAUACUCGUUCACAGUCUUUGUGUCAUAAUAAUCCGCCCUUUGUUAAAGUCCCUUAUCUCAACGCAUUUCCCCAUUUGCAGCCCAUAUCUUCACUAGGGAGAUCCCCCGUCUAUCUCUGCACCUCUGGCACACUAUUUUUACCGUGUUAUGUGCCUCCAAUGCCACCAGGCAGCAGCCAAUGUCAUAGUGGGUAGUGGUCACAAUGAUUUGGCUUAUCAGUGUAUAUAAUUUGAGAUUUCCAUAAUAAGAAAGUUGCUGUAUGAGGAAGAUUUGUACCAGGUUGCUGAUGUAAUGUGUUGGGAGCUACAAAUUUUUUUUUUUUUUUUUUUUUUUUUUUUUUUUUUUUUUUUUUUUUAAAAAAAUCAUGACUAUGAUUGAGCUGGCUGUGUAAAACAGCCAAAUGAGUUUUAGAAGCAUUGUAUCAUGUUUUUACACUCUGACCAUAUAAAAAUUUGAUAUCUACAUGGAUGUAGUAAACAUAUCAUGUAACAAUUAUAGAGCAUAAAGAGAGCAUGUUUACGAAAUAGAAAGUGCAACAUAAUUUUUUUUAUUAUAAAGGAUAGAAUCAUUACAGUUUUUAUGUUAUUACAAUAACUUGCAGUAUUGAAACUUGUGGUUAAAUUUGAUGCUCCAUUACAUGGAACAGUAAUAGUUUUAGAAUUUAGAUGCUGCUUAUAGAAGAACAGGUUGUCAGAGCUACAAGACCUAAAAAUGUUAAUCAGUGUAUACAAAGUGACAAUUAUACAAGAAAAUGUCAAUUGCUAUUCAUCAGGACACAAAUUAUCUCAGACAAUUAUAUCUAGAUGUCAAUGUAUUUAAUAUUGUCAUAUAAAUUUGGAAAAAAAAUAUUGGAUGUAAUUACAUGGAGUUUUGCCUUAUAUCUUGCUUAUUUAGCAUGUCUCAGGGUGUAUCAUCUGCAACAGUGUUGGCACAAUGUAUCUGUUCUUCAUUGUUGAAUUUUUUUAGUGUACAUUGUGAGUGUUGACACACACUUUUUCACUUGCUAGUUUUCUUAAAUUUUAUUAUGGUUUCAGUUACCUAUGCAAAAUAGCAUCAUUUGCCAUAGUAAUUAUUUGGUUACUUCUUUAUCCUGUUCAAUGUUUCAACAAAUCCGAGGAAUACUAGAAUGGUAUCCGUGUGCCCUUGUCUUUUUUUUUUUUUUUUUUUUUUUUUUUUUUUUUUUUUUUUUUUUUUUUUUUUUUAAUACCCAGUCUCGUGUGUGUGUGUGAGAGAGAGAGAGAGAGAGAGAGAGAGAGUAGCAUUUUAGCAUUUCAAUUAGGGCUGCUUUCAAUCUUAAAACUAUGUGCGGCAUAGUUAGCAGAAUUUGCAGUACAGAAUGUGCAAAGUAAAACCACCUGGAAAAUAUUUUAAAAAAUCUGAUGUGGGAUAGACUGUUUGUUAAUAAACAUUACAAAAGAUGCUGGAAUUGGCCACCAUCAACAUUGAUGCAAUGCUGUUCUCAAUUCAUCAAACUGUGAGACCCAUGUAACAGCUCUGCCUGAGGUGUAUCAUCAAUAAUAUUUUCAGUGUUGUGCUAUAACUCUUGCAGUGUGUGAGACUUAAAUAAGUACACCUUACCCUUGAGUUGACCCCACAGGAAAAGCCAUAGGAAGAGAUCAGGUGAUUAAGAUGAAUAGGAGAUUGCACUUCUUCUGCUGAUUGUACUCUCAUCACCAAACCCCUCAUGCACUCAUGACAAGAUUGUCAAAGUAGUGUGUGCUGUUGUUCUGUUUUGGUGCAAAUAUCCAUACAGUUUGUUCAUCAUCUGCAGGUUGAUAUGGAUUCAACAGUUUCUGGACAUUCCAGCUAGCAUUAACAGUUUGGUGAAAGAAUCUUGUUACAAUUUGGACACAAGUCGUCAUACACCAAACACCAAUCCUGAGAUAAAGUAAUAGCUCUUCAAAGUACUGAUUAGGAUUUUUGGGUGCAUAAUGCUGCAUGUUCUGUGAGAUCACAUACCCUGAAAUGCUGAAGCAGUCCUCAUCACUCAAAUAUAAUGACACAGUGAAAUACUCAGGAUAGAGCAUGAAGGAGAUGCAUAUGCACACAUGUGACAGCAACUGAUUGGUGCAUCAAAAUCACAGUUUCCAGCAUUUUCUGUGAUGGACAGUUCUCUUGUACAGUAACAAGAGUUAAUUCAGUCUUAUAAAUACUUUCUUUGCUAGUUUUAUUUGGCUCACCUUGUAUAAUCGAGGAUAUUGCUGCUAUGUUCUUACUGCAUCAGAAAACAGUAUUCAGUUUUUAUGUUUCCACAGAAAUAUGACUGUAAAAUGAAUUGCAAAAAUUAGGUGCUUCAAAACUUUGUGCUCCAUAGAUUUUAACGACCCAUAUUCUCAGAAUGUAUGAUGACACUGCGUGAAGGCUAGAGUAUUUUCUUUCUGUAUUUGAAACGUUGUAAGAUUGCAGUGCUGGCUCUAAUCCAGGGGAACAGCAACUGUAGAGAAUUAGACUGUAAAAUGAGCUUCAUGCCUCAAAGUUAAUAGUGUGGUCAAGGUUAGCUAUUGCUAACAUUGAAGAAAUAAAAUUUUUGUGAUAUAUUUAAAGAGAAAUAAUGUUCCAUUGUUAGAAUGUUGUUUAUGUAUUUUCAUGAAUUGUUCACACAGUGAUUUCUGUGCUUGUUUACGUAUUUGUUGUGAAAGUAUUGCUUAGCAAACAACCAGCAAUGAUUUUGUUAAUUUGUUUUACUAAAAGAUUUUGUUUUUAUUUAUGAAUUUCUGUAUAUCUUAUACAUGUUUAUAUUGUUGAUAAAUAUUUUUAUUGCUGAUAAAUGAUAAUUUGUUUUGCAGACCGAAUUCUGUGUGUGUGUGUGUGUGUGUGUGUGUGUGUGUGUGUGUGUGUGUGUGUGUGUGUUUUGCUUCCUCUACAGUGACAAAUGUGUAUAUUUAAAAAAGAAAAUAAAUCAAUCAGUCUCUGGC